AUGGCGAAGUGGCGAGGCGAGUGCGAGGCAAAGGGGAUCAAACUGACGACUGAGGAGGUCGAGUACGAAAGCAUUACUUUCCGAGGCGCUGCCAAAGUCGCCUCGGAGACUUAUGAGAUUUUAAGAGAGAUGGGUAUUGUUCUAAAAAGUUGGAAAUGUAUGUUCAAGGGUGUGCCUAUGUCGCCUACUGUCACUUUCGAACCUCUGAAGUCUGGAGGCGGUCAGGCUGCGUGA